AUGUUUGGCUUUAACUAUACUGUAUUCACCAACCCCAGUACCUUUAUCUUGGUGGGUGUACCUGGUCUAGAAGAUUUACACAUUUGGAUAUCGAUCCCUUUCAGCCUAAUGUAUGUUGUUGCCCUUAUGGGAAACAUACUCAUCCUUUUUAUCAUCAAAACUGAGACUGUUCUCCAUGAACCCAUGUUCUAUUUUCUUUCCAUGUUGGCUGUUACAGACCUCAUCUUAUCCACUUCCACUCUUCCCAAGAUGUUGGGUAUAUUCUGGUUCAGCUCUCACGAAAUCAACUUCCAUGCCUGCCUCACUCAGAUGUUUUUCAUCCACGCCUUCUCUGCAGUGGAGUCAGGGCUUCUGGUGGCCAUGGCCCUUGACCGGUAUGUGGCAAUUUGCAAUCCUCUGAGACACACUUCUAUUCUUACAAAUUCUGUGGUGAUUCAGAUUGGCUUAGUGGCACUUCUACGUGGGUUAGUGCUAAUGACACCACAUCCCUUCUUGGUUGGGAUGUGGCCGUAUUGCCGUACGAAUGUAGUUUCCCACACAUACUGUGAGCACAUGGCUGUGGUGAAACUGGCAUGUGCUGACGUCACUAUCAAUAGUUUUUACAGUUUGGCGGUCAUCAUGUUUAUUGUUGGAACGGAUGUAACAUGCAUCUCUUUGUCUUAUGUACAUAUAUUCCGUGCUGUAUUUGCUCUCCCGUCUAAAGAUGCCAGAUUGAAGACCCUCAGCACUUGUGGAUCCCAUGUUUGUGUCAUCCUCACCUUCUAUAUCCCUGCUCUUUUCUCCUUCCUCACCCAUCGUUUCAGCAGGCAGAUACCACGUCACACCCAUAUCCUGCUGGCGAACAUGUACUUAUUAGUGCCUCCUAUGUUGAAUCCUAUCAUCUAUGGAGUGAGAACUAAACAGAUUCGGGAAUGUGUUUUACAAUUAUUUAUCGCUAAAAACAACUGA